ACUUAGUCAUUUUUUGCGUCAUCACAGUAAGCGAUCAUGACUCUCAAAGCCGCUGUUUACUUCUGAAGAUCACUUUAGCACCGCCCUAAAAACUCGAUUCAAAUUCGACACAAACCUUCAAAUAGUGCAGAUGGUGAUUUCUCCGUGACCCACCUGACCAAGGCCCACCUGUUCCACGACGGGCGCAUCAAGUGGGUUCCCCCGGCCAUCUACAAGUCCUCCUGCAGCAUCGACGUCACCUUCUUCCCUUUCGACCAGCAGAACUGCACCAUGAAGUUUGGCUCGUGGACCUACGACCGCACCAAGAUCGACCUAAUCAGCAUGGCGGGCAAUGUGGACCAGAUGGACUACUGGGAAAGUGGCGAGUGGGUGCUGGUGGAUGCCGUGGGCAACUACAACAUCAAGAAGUACGAGUGCUGCCACGAGGUCUACUCUGACAUCACCUAUUCCUUCAUCAUCCGGAGGCUACCGCUGUUCUACACCAUUAAUCUGAUAGUGCCCUGUCUGCUGAUCUCCUGUCUGACUGUCCUGGUGUUCUAUCUGCCCUCUGACUGUGGAGAGAAGAUCACCCUGUGUAUCUCUGUGUUGCUGUCUCUCACCGUCUUCCUCUUGCUUAUUACUGAGAUCAUCCCAUCCACCUCACUGGUCAUCUCGCUCAUCGGGGAGUACCUCCUCUUCACCAUGAUCUUCGUCACCCUUUCCAUCAGCAUCACCAUAUUCGUGCUCAACGUGCACCACCGCUCGCCGCGCACGGACACCAUGCCCCGCUGGGUGCGCCACGUCUUCCUGGACGUCGUCCCCGGCUUCCUGUUCAUCCGGCGGCCUGCCGUGGUCAAGGACAACAGCAAGAGGCUGGCGGAGGCCAUGCAAAAGAGGGCCACGCUAUGGGGUGAGAUGGAGGCUGAGCUGGAGGCCAGCUUCCCACCCACCUCCCCCCUGGAGGUCCAAGAGAUCCUGGCCCGCUCCCCUUCUCUCUCCAUGGGCCGAUCCAUGGAGGGUUCCCUGCCCCCCAAGUUUCCCCAGCAACAGCAGCAGCCCCUGGACAGAUCCCCCAGCCAGUACUCUAUCCUCCCGGAGGAGCCGACCACCUCGUCCCAGCCAGGCUGCUCUCCUCUGUUCCUCCACCCUCUCUUCCUGCCCAGGGACAAGCACCACAUGGCCAGGCCCAAGAUGCGCUCCCUCAGCUUACAGUACGGCCUGGGUGAGAGGGAGCAGCCCCAGACCAGCGUCCGCUGUCGCUCACGCAGCAUCCAGUACUGCUGCCUGCAUGAGGAGGUCUCCUCCAUGCGUAACGGCAUGCAGCGGCCUCUCUCUCAGCACCCGUCCCUGAUGGAGGAGAGGAAGCAGAGCUGCUCAGCUGUCUGCAAGUAUCACUCAGGCCUGGCCAAGGAAGCCAAAGCAAUGACCAAGGACCAGCGGCUCCUCGUCUUAUCCCCGUCCAUGAAGAUGGCCAUGGAAGGUGUGCAGUACAUCGCAGACCACCUCCGUUCGGAGGAUAUCGACUUCUCUGUGAAGCAGGAGUGGAAGUACGUGGCUAUGGUCCUAGACCGGAUCUUUCUGUGGUUGUUCAUCAUGGUGUGUAUCCUGGGGACCCUCGGACUCUUCGUCCCUCCCUGGCUGGCUGGAAUGAUAGACCUAUCUUUCUGACACCAAACACUUCUGAAGCCAUUGACCCUAUGCACACUCAAGUUGUACAACUGAUGAACAACUCAUUUGGCACAAUGUUUUUCUGAACAACAUGAAUUACACAAGCAUUGUGGAGACACUGCACAAUGAUUGUGUAAACAUUUGUGUGCAGAAAAUAUCAGUUGUAUGACAACCAUUGUGUGUGUCAAAUACAUUGUAUACUGCUCAAAAAAAUAAAGGGAAAACUUAAACAACACAUCCUAGAUCUGAAUGAAAGAAAUAAUCUUAUUAAAUACUUUUUUCUUUACAUAGUUGAAUGUGCUGACAACAAAGUCACACAAAAAUAAUCAAUGGAAAUCCAAUUUAUCAACCCAUGGAGGUCUGGAUUUGGAGUCACACUCAAAAUUAAAGUGGAAAACCACA